AUGGAUAAAAAUAUGCACAAAUGUUCCAUUUUUGAUGUAUAUUCCUCAGAAAAGAAGAAGAUUUCAGAUGUUAACAAGUUACAAGAAGAUUUUGAGAGUGAAAGCACUUUGUCAAGUUCAAGUAUUGAAGAUUCUAAUAAAAAACGUGCAAUACUUGAUUUUGAAGCUUUGGGCGAAACCACAGAAGUUCAGGCAAAACUUGAAAUUUUUAUGAGUUAUAGAUUAAUGUCUUUAAAAUUAAUGGCUGAAGGAUGUUCGCUAUGCUGUUUAGAAAAAGGUGAUACAUUUGAAGAUUGGAAAUCAGCUGAAAAACAAGUUGAAAUUUAUUUAAAGCAAAAGUUUUAUGAUGUUGCGAUAAAUGAUAAUACAUCUCAGGCAAACAAGUAUCAGAUAUACUUAUCCCUUACAAUUGUUAUUAAUAAUCAUGCAAAAUCAAGAAUGGCUGCUACAGCUGUAGUUUCAGAUAAAACUAAAGAUAGUACUUAUCAGUGGAUUCUUAAAUGCCUUUUACGUGUUACAAAUGGUCUUGUACUAAGAGUAUUGUUUAUAGAUGCAUUUAUGAAAAAAUCUUGA